CAAUUAUGGAAUCGACUUAUGAACCAAAACUUCCAGAAGAUGAGACUCUAUCUAAAUUUUGGGAUGGACUGUCUAUGUGCCCAGGAAAGGACAACCUACACCUCGUACUUAAUAACAAAUACUAUCAUAUUGGGAAAGAUAAGAAAAAUACUCCAAGGCAAUCCCAGAAGGGAAAAUUAUCGAAAACGGAGUGGUUCGAAAGCCUAGAGAUUGUAGAAAGAGUUGAAGCAAUUUCCACAAUCGUUCAUGAAAAUUACCAAAUUCUGCAGGCUCUUAGAAAUGAUAUCCGUAAGCUAGAGAAUAAACAAUACAAUUCCAGUUCCUCGCAUGCUAGUCAAGACUACGAUGAUGAUAAUGACCAUGAGGGUAUUUCACCAGGAAGCUCUCUUCAGAACUGGGAGGUUGUCAUACCUCCUGAACUUCCUGGAUGAAUGCAUGAGAUUAUCCAAAAACUUACAUUUUUAGAUACGAAAUACCCUGAAGACACAAUAACCGUUCAAGAAGAUCUUGUAGCUGAUCCUUUAGAGUUCUUCCAUACCAUAAAAACAGCUUGGGAGGAACUUGAGGAUUCUGAUGAGAAUAUUUCAGGGAAUAAUCUCAAGCUCAAGAAAAUGCUAAGAUUGACCUUCGGAGAUAAUUUUAACGAGGGAUCUAAAAUGUUAUGAGGAAAAAUCCUAUGACUAAUAGAAAUAGCUCUACAUAAUUCUUAUUCAAGAGCUAUUAAUGAUAAGCGGAACUAUAAUCCUAAAUCCUUUCUAGAUCCUGGUGAAGCAAAUUGGAGAAAGACCGAGAAAAUCUUCCUCGAAUACUUAGAUCUGAAGGAUGAAAUCUUGCACUUCAUUAAAGAUACCCAGUCUGAUGAUGCAGAAGCAGAUGAAUACUUGAAGACUGAGGAAGCACUUGCCGCUUAUAAUGUACAUGAUCUGAAGAAACCUCCAAAGAAUUGCACUGAUAGGGAUGACAUCCAAUUUUAUAAUGAAAUUAAAUCAAUGAUUCUGAGGGAUAUUAAGGAAUAUAGAACUCACCUCAUUACUAUGAUAAGGCCAUGCGGAGAUGCUCAAAAGGGAUACAAAAUAUUCCGAACUCAGAAGGAAUUGUAUCAGAUUAUCAACGAAUCAAGGAUCUUUCAAAAUAACAGAUAUUCAGAUGACAGAAUUCGGCAGUUCGCAAGAUAUCUUUUUGAUAAACUUACAAAGAAAGGAGAUGAUAAAAUGGCUGAGAUGCUUGUCCUAGAAUUUCUUGAGGAAGAAACCAAGAAAGAAGAACCCUCAAAGGGAAGAAAAAGAAAUAAAAACAAGCAGGCAAAUCAACAAAAGAAGGACAAAGUUUGCAAACAGGAGACUCAGACCCAGAAAAAUCAAUCUAAUCCUAAUAACCAGAAGCAGAAGAGCAAAGCAUCUCCUUCUCAAAAGAGUAAGAAGAACCCAGUAGAAAUCGAGAAGAAAUUGGCAGAUGAGCUUACCGCAACAGAAAGAUCUAGUAAAAUUGACCAUGAUAAUGACCUCCUAGAAACAGACAAGCAACAGUAUAUUGACGAUGGAUCUGUAAAUGGAGCCAUAAAGGACCUUGAAAAUAUCAUGGUUCAAGAAACCAAGAGUGAAUGAGAGAAGGAAGACGAGUACAAGCUCGAAAAGGAUCUCAAAGACUCAAAGGCUCAUCAUGAUGGAGACAAGCUAGACCCGUACCUUUUCACCAAAAAUAAGAUAGAGAAAGAGCAAAUCAAGAUCAGCUCACUUUCUACAAAAGAGUGUGAUAAGAUCGGAAAUGCUGCUACUAAUUCCGGUAGUGAGGAAAUCAAUUUUGAAAGCAAAACACAUAAAAAUAAUAAAAAGCAAGAAGUUACAGAGAAAAUCAUAACACAAAAGAAACCUGAAAAUAAGAAGAGCAAAAUCUUAAAUUCACCCAAAAGUGAGUCUAAUAACUGUAUUUCUCACUCAUCUGAAGUUGUGAGUCUUCACUCAGAAGAAAAGAGAUUAAAGAAUGAGCAGACUCCUGAAUCUCCAUCCAAGAUGUGCAAGGUAGAUAACCAAAGAAGAGACCAAAAUGAUUUUAAGAGCAAGAAGCAAAAUAAGAGCAAAAAGGGAAAGCAAAAUAAAAAUAAGAACAAGAAAAACAAGAAACAGCAGAACCAAAAACAGCAAAAUCAGAAACAACAGCAGAAGAAAAAGAUGAAUACUUCUAAGAAGGAUGGAUCUGAGAAGGAAUCUCAAAAAUCUGACAUCGAUGCUCCUCUUCUCUCUAAGGCAAAGACUCAUGAUUGACCACAGACACCUCAGAAGGCACUUGAUGAGGAGCCUGAUGCUUCUGGCAUGAGAAGUUUUGCUAAAAAUUCUGGCAAGGAACCUCCGAAAGGAGCUAACUAUUCUCCUCGUAAGGGGAGUAAUAAGCCGCCACAAUACUUCAACAAGAAAUUGAAUGAGAACUCAGAAAUAUCUGAAAAGCACUCGCUAAGAAGUUCUGGAUCUUUUAAAGAUGAUGUGGAGCUUUCAAAAUCUAAAUCUCAAAGUUUUCAAACUAAAAGUUAUGAGAGCCGGAGUUUUAAGAGCAGCCACAAAGAUCAUACUGGACUUGAACAACCUCUCUAUGAUGAGGAAACAAAAGGUGAAAGCAUUGAUGGAUCAUUUGAUAAGUUCACAAAACACGCUAAUUAUCAACCAGAAGCUCAAAAUCAUCAGCAGAUGAUGCAAAUGCAAAUGAAUCAGGAAUGAUAUGCUCAGCCAGAGAUGUCUCAAGGUCUUGAUCAGAACAUGCCUGCUUAUGCUUACCCGUUUGGUAGCUAUCAUCCUCCUCAGCCUAUGUAUAAUGAGGCUUACAACCAAAUGAACGACCCGACUUAUAGGCAAUAUAUCUCAAAGCAAAUUAUGGAUGAGACCACUAACAUCACUCUAUACUCAGAUCUCAUUCAGAAGUACAGGCUUGGUAUCAAAAAGGAGAUCGAGAAGGUUGCCAAGGAAGCUUUUGGCCAAUUCCAUAAAAGAGUAGAAGCCCACAUUUAUGGCUCAGUCGCUACCGAGCUCGCUUUGCCAGAAAGUGAUAUGGACGUCAUGAUUACAGGAGUCAAUAGUUUUGGAAGCUCACAAGUUCAUUCUGAAAAUAUUACAGAGAUGCAUAAUGCAUUGAAGGAAUACUUUGAUGAAGAGAUUCUUAUCAGCUCAGCUAGUAUUUUAAAUACCCAAGUGCCUAUUAUUAAGCUCAAAUUUAAUUUGGAAAAGUAUUAUGAAGUUCACGACAACAAAGGUGAUAUCUUUGUACCAUUUAUAAACUUUGCUUCCACUGAUGCCAGUGGAUCUAGUCUGAAGGAGCUCUCGGUAGAUAUCAGCAUGAGUGAUAGCUAUGAAGGUGCCCAUAUGAGUUUGAAGCAAAGUGCAUUUGUUAAGGAAAAGCUUGAGCAAUACCCCGUCCUCCGUCCCGUAUGUUUAACACUCAAGAAACUACUCAUUGCUAAUGGGUAUAAUGAUCCAUAUACAGGUGGUCUUGGCUCAUAUGGAUUAUUUAUCAUGCUCUAUGCUGCUCUCUGAUUUGAAAAUAUGAACUCAGACGAGAUGUUCCAACAAGAAGCGACGUACAAAGGGCGAUUAUUUAUUUACUUCUUCUCAAUGUAUUCUCCAGAGUUUGAUGUAGAAAAUAAGUGAAUUUUCUUCUUCCCGGACGGUAUGCCAAUAGUAGUUGAUAAAUUUGGUAAAAUUCCAGGCGCUAACAGUAAGUUACUCUGAGUAUACGACCCAACAGAUAACAAAAGUAAUAUAACCUCAAAGGCUUUCCGGAUAAAGGAAAUACAGGAAUGGUUUAAGUCCAUUAAAGAGAAAAUGACAUGAAAAUAAUGAAUAAUUUCAUUUCUGU